AGCAAGUGCAAGGCCGCACAUUCCUUUUAGUCUUGCUGAUUAGCCAGGCUGUCAAAAGAAAGGAAAGGAAAUCAACAGUUAGAAGACAAGAUCUACAAAGAGAAGAAACGUACAGCGAAACUGCUCACAAGCUGCAAAUAUCCCCUGAAGUAGCUGCAUAUGGUCCUUACAUAUACUUAUAUAAGACAUGUUUCACUAUAACAGUCUUUGAACAUCUCUGACCAUUACCAGGCAAACAGAUAUGCAUCAAGCUUAACCUCAAGAAAAGUUCUGGAAAAUUGGUUCCAGGCACAUCUUUCAUCUGAUUAUUAUAUUUAAGCCUGCAAGAGAGUUAUACUGAAACCUACAAAGGAAGGAAUACAGCUCUGCAUUAAUAUUUGGACGUAUCCAGCCUUUUUUUAAAUCCUUGCAAUGAUCUUAUCAAUUAGAUCACUCUUUCCCUCAAAUUUACAAAAUGAGAAAUGAAACUAGAAGACAGUGACUUACAGUCCCGAUGGAAGCAAAAAUGAAAAAUGGGAAAAUUCCAUUAAAGAAAUAAGGAUUUCGGCUUGAGUUUAAUCCAUUUCUGUGCUGUAAAGAGGAUAGAAUAAAUUUCCAAGAACUAUUGAACCCAACUCUCAACCAUUUUAUUGUACUCCCACAUAUAAAUGGAUGUUGUUUUGCUUUGGAGCAAAACCCGUUUUCUGAUUUAAGUAAGUGAGGGCCUAGAGCUAUCAGUGCCACAAGAAUUAUGGCUUUUUCAGCCCACAGGAAUAAUCUCUUUUUGAUUGGUCUGUUAAGCUUCUGUGUAGAUAGUUUUAUGUGCAGUGAAAAAAAUAACACACUUAUUUUUACCAAAGAAAAUACAAUUCGUAAAUGCAUGUGUCCUCCUGAUACGAUUAAUGAUUGUGAUUAUAGCCUGGCAAAUCUAAUUUGUAACUGUAAGACUGUUUUGCCCUAUACAGUAGACAAAACCUACUACGAUAAUUUGGUAAUUUGGUUCACUGAAACUGAUAUAUUGAGAAUCUUGUUCAAUGUUACAUCUGUGCACAAUCUAAAACUCUCACUCUGUGGCACUAUUCCUUUGACGACAAAAUAUUUGACUAUUUGGGGAUUACAAAAAUUACAGAUAAGAAGUGAGAAUAAUAGCCAAAUAAAACAGCAAAGUUUAACAAUCUCUACUAGCUGUGACAAUGGAGCCCAAGGCAAGUUGAAGAUGUCAUACAAAGACAAAAACAUGAUUACUCAUGUUGCUGUUUUAGACACAUCUCUUUUCAAUGGCAGUGGUCCAUUGAAAUCAUACAGUGUAGAAAAUAUUUCCAACAUUUCAGACCAGUUUCCACAUUUGGACAACUUUUUUACUCCAAGUAACAAAAGUUGUAUCAUAACAUUCAUUUAUUAGCACACAAAUUUUGGCCAUUUCUAUAAUGUAGAAAUUAUAAAAUGAGUCAUCCUGAGAUAUUGUAGAAACUAAGCUUCUGUUGCUCCUUAUAUUACAAAAAUAAAAAAAUAAAAUAACAGGGAGAUAAAUUACCUUUAGUCAUAAUAGCUCCUAUUUCAGUAUAAUCUAUAGCAGCGGUUCUCAACCUAUGGGUCGUGACCCCAUUUGGGGUUGAUCGACCAUUUCACGGGGGUCGCCAAGCAAGGCUGUCCGCCAUUUUUUUCCCCUUUCUGAUGGGUGC